AUGCUGUCCAAUAUCUUCCUUGCCUAUGUGUUGACCACGAGUGUUCUGGGCUGUGCAGAUCACUCCAACCACUUCGGCCGUCCUCAUGUGCGACGAGACAUCCCAGUCUCAGAGGCCGACCCUGGCAGAGAUCCAACUGACUGGACUUACGAGGUUUCUUCCGACUGGGGGUUCAAAAAUCCUAAAUAUUUUCUUUGCCAGAACGGCACUCAGCAAGCCCCCAUCGGCUUAACCUCCGCUCAGGGUUUCUCCAAGGUGGAUGUGCCAGCGUUCGGCAACUAUGCUCAGAACAUCUCCGGCAAUUACUUCAAUUGGGGAUACGGUCCGGCUUUCACACCUCAGUAUGACAAACCCACAGUGACAAGUCUUCCUAACAUCACCUUCGACGGGAACACUGCCUAUAUGGUUGGAUGGCACAUCCACACCCCUGCCGAGCACCUAGUCCAUGGGAAACGCAGCAUGGCUGGAAUCCAUUUCGUGCACGCCGAUGAGCAAGGGAAUUACGUUGGUGUCCUGGCCAUGCGCAUGGAUCCUUCUGGGGACACAGAAUCCACUUUUGUCUCUCAAUGGCCGUGGUACAUCGGCUUCAACGAGACCAAGCAAAUGACCCACGUCAGACAAAAGCUCGAUCAGGCUCUGACUGAAGUUAACCAUUUCGAUAAUUUCUGGACCUACAUGGGUGGAUUGACCGUCCCUCCAUGCUCCGAGGGCAUCCGAUUCCUCGUGGCAGACAAGGUCCUGAAGGUCAGCAACAAGCAGAUGCAGCGCAUUCUGGGCAUGUCCGCCUACUCAACUCGCAUUGAGCAAGUAAUCUGGAUGCAGGGCGUCAACCAGUGA